UUGUGAGCAGGUCCCGCCCCGCCGUGUGACUCUUCAAUCUAAUCUUUCCUUCUUCCUUAAACCUCCGGGGUCCGUCCAGUCCUGGACCCCUCGAACGUUGAAGUUGUUAUCCAAGUUGUUGUCCAAGUUGUUACUCGGCCGACAACCUCAGGCUAGCUAAUCCAUUUAACUUUAGGAAUUACCUGAUCACAACCCAUCAUUUGGCAAUUAAACAUUGAAUCGUACCCAUUUCUUAGCAUCUUUUCCCUUCUUAUAUUCGGCGCUGGUGACACAAACGUUUAUGACGUCUCUGGACGUCGAACUUUCACGUUUGCAAUCCUGCCCAUUAACGAAACGAGAGUGACCUCAAUAAACAUCAUGAGCUCUGGCCCAUCUAAUCCGGGAGGCAAAUCCCUAUCUUCCCCCCUGCCUUUUACUCUAAGCUCCCAACCUAUCUCGGUACCCGCCCCAAGCUUCGAGUCGAAUUCUCGCCGUUCGGCGCUGUCGAGUCCAUUGUUCCCGAACACAACCCCGAGAAAAGGACAGGGGUCUAGGAAGCAGCACCGGAAUCAGCGAAGACCAUUGAAAGAACCCGGAAAUCCGGAUCGGGAUGAUGCGAUGGCAGAGCUUCGAGCUGUAAGAAACGCCUCGAGCCGUCGAGGCCAGACCUCUAUCACCCACCUUUUGGACUACUCAGUCCCAACGCGCCACACUCUUGGCUACCAAAGAUCGAAUCGCCGACAUCCUACAUGGGGCCCUGGCUCCGGAUACCACGCAGCUGACAAGGCUAGAUUUGUUCAUGCCAAUUAUCGCUUCGUGGUGUCGCCAACAGGAGACUACUCUUCCCAAGCCGGAGACGCUGACAAGUAUUUCGAAUGGUCCGAUAUCCUUCAAAUCAUAGCCUCUACCGAAUCGCAAAGCACCUCAUGCCCCAUUUGUUUAUCCGACCCUGUGGCUCCUCGCAUGGCACGCUGCGGUCACAUAUUCUGCUUGCCCUGCCUCCUGCGAUUUAUGAACUCAACGAAUGACGAUGAACCAAGCACACGAAAAGAAGCUCGCUGGAAGAAGUGCCCCAUAUGCGAAGACUCGUUCCGACUCUCCGAAGUUAAGCCAGUGCGCUUUUAUGCCGGUCAGGAGAAUCCCCUGCCGAGACCAGGAGAAGACGUAGUAUUGAGGCUGAUGAUGCGCGACACAAACUCUACAUUAGCCCUACCCAACGAAGGAUGGCAGGAUGCCGUCAAUGCGGGUGAGGACGUCCCAUGGCAUUUCGCAGCAAAUGUUAUGGAUUAUGCUAGAGUGAUGAAAGGGACGAACGACUACGUAGUGGAGCAGUACGACAAAGAGAUUAACGAAUUACGACAUCAAGCAGAGGAAGACGAGUUUCAGUUUGGAGCAGAGGAGGGAGAUUGGACGCUGCGGGCUAUCAGAGCUAUCAAUAUGGCGAAGGAUAAGGUCCAUGAACAGCAAAGCAAAGAAGAGGCUACGCUACCACUACCAACCAGCUCCUUGAAGGCGAAGCAACCGGCGAGUCCAAAGUUCCAUUUCUAUACGGCACCUCCGCACCUAUAUCUAUCACCCCUAGAUAUACGUAUUCUGAAAACCAAGUUUGGCGAUUUUUCCAACUUUCCUUCUACCCUGCUCCCUCGAGUCGAGCAUAUCUCUACUGGUCACGUUGUGGACGACGCACAGAGGAAGCGGGCCAAAUAUCUGGGACACCUUCCCCAGGGUUGUGUUAUAAGCUUCCUGGAGUGCGAUUGGACAGAUAUAGUUCCUGCAGAUACGCUCGAGCAAUACUCGGGAGAUUUGGAGCGCCGGCGCAAGUUACACCGGGAUAAGGCAGCACAGGAAGAACGUGAAAGACUACAAGCUGAACGUAUGGAAGCGUCAGCUAUCGGACGUAGCGCCAGACGACACUUUGAUCAGACGAACGAAGAUAAAUUCGAGCAGACCCCUUCGAUGAACUCGGAGGACUUCCAGCCGCUUGGUGCCGUUGAAGGCACGAGCCCGCCAAAUCCUCGACCAGGGUUUAACCACCUUUCAGAUUUAUCGACUAGUCCAUCGACAUCAAAGACUGUUUGGGGAACUCCCGUGAUCCCAGUAUCCCCCGAGUUGGCUCCCGUACUAGAGCGCGAAGUGAACGAUGGAUGGGUAAACGAAGAAGAGGUUUUCAUCGCUGCUGAGAUGGAGGCGUUUGGUCUCGACGACAAUGGCGGUGGGCCGAGCAAUAAGCCGGGAGCUUUGGGCGGCAAGAAGAAGAAAAAGCAAAAACAGAAGAUUACUCUUAUGAGCACCGGUAGUCGCCGCGGGGGCUGACGUUUGAAUUUGGCGCAGUUUGGUCAUGAUACUCAACUACGUAAAGUUUUGAUCGCCUCUUAUUUUGUCAAUGGGACCACGGGGAAAGGGGUGUCUUGUUUGGCGUUUAUUGAAUGCUAUUAUGGAAUUCUGCCUCGGAUGCGACUCGAAGGAACGAGCCGGGAGAUAUAGAGAGCUGAGAUGAUAGUCAUGUUGGCAGACUUCAGAUAAGGACACAGAGAAGCUGUCUAAUAUACCUAGACUUGACCUAGUCCACAACAAACGCAAGAUGCUCCAGAGCAAAUAGGUAUCUUGACAAAUACUAUAUCAUACAUGCAUUCCAAGGUCACGUAUAAGUUGUGCCUGGUAGCAUGUUAUAAAUCGAAGUAUACGAUAUCAAAAGGGGGUAGGCAAAGAAUGGCUUAUCUUAUCGUCCCUUCUAGGUACCUAGGCAGGCAUAUAACUUGUACCCCGCUACUGUCAUACGAUGAAAAGGUGACAUGAGCUUCUGGGACGCCACUGUCAUAGCUACGUACCUCAGUAGGUUAGGAAGGUGCUCCUAAUCUAUAUGGGUAAACUGGAUAUUUAUAUAUCUUAGUAUCCCGCACUACUGUAGGUAGCUACCUAGGUAAGUAUUGAAUGCCGAGGUAUGUAAAGCUUGGGCAUACAAACCUUUAAGAAGCUAUCGAGGUGAACUACCUAACCUACCUACCUACCUACCUACCUACAUACAUACAUACCUAAGGUUACCUAGGUAUAUAUAAAAGGGG